UUUGCAUGAUCCGUUCACGAAUUUGAGCUUCGUUCACGAAUUUGAACUAGGCAGCUGGCUAGCUCGUAAUGAAAUAGGAUUCGUUUUUACGUUUAAUAAAGGUGAACAUUGAAAUUGUGACGUGACGGUGACAGACCAUUCUUGUUGAAAUCCAAGCCUCAAUUUACAUAUCUCAGCACAGCUCAUAGUCAUCUUGGAGAGCCAUGCAUCUAGAGUGUUGAAGAUGACAUCAUUAUUCACCAAGUCUGCCAAGUUAGUUGGUCAAGUAGUCAAAUAUUCUGCUCUCUGUUACUGUGGGGCUUACUGUGUUUCAGAAUACAUCUUUGAUUUCACACUGUGCACUGGUCCAUCUAUGCUACCAACCAUUCAGGAGAGAGACAUAGUCUUGACUGAACAUAUUACUACUAGGUUUCUAUUCAACAUCAAAAGGGGUGACAUAGUGAUCAUCAAGUCUCCCACAGACCCAAAGCAGUUCUUAUGUAAAAGAGUCUUAGGUCUAGAAUGUGAUCAAAUACCGCAAGAAACAUCCUGGAAAUUUCUCAAGACCACCAAAUAUAUUCCGCUGGGUCACGUGUGGCUUCAAGGUGAUAAUCAGAACAACUCCACGGAUUCCAGAACAUUUGGACCUGUACCAUUUGGUCUUAUUAGAGGCAGAGCUUUCUUUAGGGUAUGGCCAUGGAGUAGUAUAGGUUGGUUGGACAGAUAAUGUCACGCCCCUCACCUGUAGGACAAGUCUUCAAGACUCCAACGGUGACAUACAUGUACACCUUGCAUGUAAAUCAUGAUGAUGACACCUCCACGUAUGGACUGCAAUCAUUGAGGAUUCUUGCUGAAUAGAACCUAAUGAGAAGAUUCUUGUUCAGUGGAGUCAAAUGUGAUGUCCCUCUCUGAAUGGACUUACUCACAAGCCUCACCCAUUCAGCUCACUGAGUAGUGUAGGCGUGGCAUGUUCAUUGCAGGAUUGAAUAUUGCUUUCGAACUUGACAGCUUUUUGUGAAGAAAGAUACAGGACAAAACAUGAACGCUUCUGGUAUAUCAACAUUCUUCAUUGAUAAGCGAUGGUGAUUCUUUAAAAGAUACCAUAUGUCCCUUUUUGCAGCCAACAUCAAAUUCUGUAGAACUUUGCAGGAAUAUAUAUGUCAUAUGUGUCCUAUCUGUGAAAUUUAAACGUUAACAGUGUCCUAAUAU